CCGAGCUGAGGUGAGGUGAGCUUCGAUCGUGUCUUGGAAGAAUCCAAAAGAGAAGCUCUGUGGACUUUUUGGCUUCUUCGGCAAAGCCUAGGUAUUUCAGUCGGUUUUUUGGCAGCCGAUCGCGCGGAUGAGGCUUACGAGAAACGGUGCGCGUUCCUAAAGAAAAGUCCUCAAAAGUCCAAGCACAACAAGUGUUUAAACUUUUGGCAAUUGACAUUUUGGAGGAACCCAUAAUGGAUGAACAGAAGCAGCUGGAGGUAAUUGCUAACGAAACCCCAUCAGUCACCGGAUUGAGGCGUCAGCCGACCAAAUAUCCCCACGGCCUCAACAUCACGGUGCAGACAAUCGGCAGCGGCAACGAUGACGACCAUGGUCUGGGAUCGGUGAAAGAUCAUGGAGAUGACUACUCCCGCACCUCCAGCGAGUCGUGCUGGAGCGAGACCCAAAAAUAUCGCAUCGGUAUGCUGGGCAGUCCCGAGACCCUGGCCGAACUCCAAGUUCGCCGCUACAAGUAUCCGCUGUCUGCCAAUUACUAUCUGAACAGCAAGAUGGAGAAUCCAGAGAAGCCCACGCCCUGGAUGCUCCUGGGCUAUGCCCAGCGUGCCUGCCGCUGGAAAUAUCUGCGUUGGCCCAUCAUCUUCGUGGCCAGUGUCCUGCUCUUCUUUGGACUGAUCACCUACUGUCUAUGGCUGCACGAUGUGAGCGUGGCCCGAGCCAAGUUCCUCCAGCGCCGCUACGAGGCAACUCUAACAUCCACGAGUUCCAGCAGCCACGAAGUCUGGGAUGAGGAAACCACCAGCACCACGGAGCGAGAGCCUCAGGAGACGACACGACUCAAGGCAGUAGAUGGGGAGCAAGACACAGAGUUGCCAGAAAUAACAUUUGAUGAGGAGGAGCAGGGUUUUCCAGAGGAGGGUGACGGCGAUUACGACGACACCUUGCUGCCGGCGGAUAGCAUUCGCUUUACCUCCGGCCACCAGAACAGCUUCGGGGUGCCCAUCGAGCAGGACAAGAGAAUGCUGCAGUUGCUCAAGGAUUUACUGCCCAAACCCCAGGCUACCCCCUCUAGCAAUGAGCAGCCCCUGACCCGGGUGUCACCUACUUUACCGCCCCCCUCGUCGGCCAGCGGACGCCCCACCCAGGCAAUGACCUUCACCACCACCCCCUCCGCCACGGAGAGCGGCUGCAAGUCCACCAUGCUGCCCAUGUGCCAGGGCGUUCUGGACUACGAUUUGACCUACAAUCGCGAGGGAGCCACGCAGCGGGAUGCAGUGGCCAUGGUAGUCUACGAGGAGCUCAUCCGGUCCAACUGCUCGGCCAGAGCGGCGGAGUUUGUGUGCGCCGCCCUGGAGCCAGAAUGCCGACCCUCGCACAUUGGACAGCUGCCACCAUGUCGUCGCAUCUGCAAGGCAAUUUUUGAGGCCUGUUCCGUGGCAAUUGCCAACUCGGAUAUCCUCAGUGAACUCUUCGACUGCAGCCUGUAUCCCGAUGCCCAUGAGAGUCACAAGUGUGAGGAUCCCACCAGGAGAAGGGAUCACUGCUACGGCAAUGAGUUCCAAUGCCACGACGGCAGCUGCAUUCCCCAGAACUGGCAGUGCGAUAAGAUCAAGGAUUGCUCGGGGGGCGAGGAUGAGGAUGAGCAGUGUUUGGUUUGCGAGGAGGAAGAGUUUCGCUGUCGAUCCAACGAGAAGUGUAUACCGGAGAAUCUUCGCUGCGAUCAGAACUUUGAUUGCUUCGAUGGCAGCGAUGAGGAGGAUUGCGAAGACUAUGGAUCGGGGGAUGCUGCGCCCUUCGAUGAGGCCGAACUGAAUGCAUUUCCCCGGGUCUUUUCCUAUGCCAGCUUCCUCUCACCGAAUGAGACAAACGAUAAGCUAUAUACCUAUAUCACAGCCACCACCGAUGAGGAUGCCGGCACGGAGACCAAGUUCCAGAUACAUCAGGUGGCGGCCCCAGCUCCGGCGGUAAAUGUCAGUGCCGAGGAAUCCUCUGGUGGACCCAAGGGGUUUGUUAACUUUCGCGACAGCAAGGAGAUAAUGAUGACUAGCGAUUCGGAGAACAAAUUCAAAUAUUCCCAGAGAUCGAAUCGCACUUCGGUCAAGUUUAGCGUUGCCACAGCCACAACUCCUGCGGCUCGUACAGCCAGUGCCAUUCCUGGCUCAGCCUUGGCCCAGCAGCGGGAGAGAGAGCGAGUUACUAGCACCACAAGUACCACCACGACAAGUACAACCACUCCUAAGCCACCGACAACGACAGUUGCCAGCCCAAUGGAGGUGGUGACAGCUCCAGGUGGGUGCCUGCCCCACGAACUCAGGUGUUUGAGCGGCAAGUGCAUUACAGUCAGUCAAUUGUGUGAUAAGCAAAUUGAUUGUCCCGAUGCGGCUGAUGAGCUUAUGUGUGUCUAUAGGGAGCGUCCGAUUGCCAGGCGAACCACAACAACCACUACACCACCAGCACCAACACCCACAACCCCCAUAGCCACAACAACAACGACAAAAACAACAACGACCAGUAAUCCGGUGACCAGUACAAGGCGUCCGCUGAGAACCACGCCCAGCCGCAGUCGAAAGCCCAAGUCUUAGAGUGAUGUAUCUUGUAUCUUAUGUUUAUUUAUAGCUCUAUCUUACUUCUCAGCACUUGUAUUUUCCGUCGCUACAUGUAUGAUAUAUGUGUACGAUGCGUAUGUAAAUCUUCGUUAGUGGCUAAGUCGUUUAGUUGUUUAGAGUUGUUUGACUAUUUUUACGUGCGUGUAAAUUGUAUUUUUAGCAAUGAAUAAAGUUUAA